AUGCAAGAAAAUGGCAAACGAUAUAUUUCUCUUCCUGCUCCUUAUAUGAGACCACAUUAUGAUGUUGUGGUCAUCGGAUCAGGAUAUGGUGGCGCUAUUGCUGCAUGUCGUAUGUCUCGAGCUGGCAAAAGAGUAGCUCUUUUAGAAAAAGGUCUGGAAAGAUGGCCAGGUGAAUAUCCAAGUGAAUUAACUGAAUGUUUAAAAGAUGUACAAUAUAGUUCAGCUUCGGGACAUAGGGGUGAAAGGACCGGAAUGUACCAUUUUUAUAAGGGAUCUGGUCAAAGUGCUUUUGUAGGAUGUGGACUUGGAGGCACCUCGCUUUUGAACGCAAAUGUGGCUCUUGAGGCCGAUCCACGUGUUUGGCAAAUGUCUGCUUGGCCAAAGGAAAUUCAGGACGAUUUUGAUAGCAUAAAACAAAAUUAUGAACGCGCCAGGGAGAUGCUUGAGCCGGUGCCUUAUCCUGAUAAUUACCCUGAACUUCCAAAACUUAAAACUUUAGAAGAACAGGCUAGAAGAUUAGGUCCAGAAUUUCAUGAAAAUUUUAAACGCACACCUAUUACUGUCACUUUUGAAGAUCGUAUUAAUAAUGCUGGUGUUAGGCAACGAAAAUCCACUUUGACGGGUAACGAUUCUACUGGAGUUAAUGAUGGAAGUAAAAACACCACUUUAAUGAAUUAUAUUCCUGAUGCUUGGAAUCAUGGAUGUGAAAUAUUUUGUAAAAUUGAUGUUAAACGCGUUAAACAAGAUAAGAAAAGUAAAAAAUGGAAAGGACGAGGAGCAUUUACUGAUGAUAGUCGUAACUUGCUCUCAUUUGUAACUGCUGAUAUUGUUUUUGUUGCCGCUGGUACUUUUGGAACCAAUGAGAUAUUGCUUCGUUCUCAAGCUAAUGGACUUGAAAUUAGUUCUCAAUUAGGGCAAAAUUUUAGUGGAAAUGGCGAUAUUUUGGGAUUUGGCUAUAACACUGAUUUAUAUUGCAAUGGAGUCGCAAUGGGAAAUCUUAAUCCUUCCGAUUUUAAAGAUCCUGUUGGUCCUACUAUCACAGGUAUUAUUGACAUGCGUAACUCGGGCUCUAAUGUCAUGGAUGGAUAUGUAAUUGAAGAAGGCGUGAUCCCUUAUGCUGUUGCCAAUACUUCCAACUUUUUACUUCGAGCCAUUGAUGAUCGCGCUGAUGUAAAAUUAGCUAAUGAAUCUAGCACUAGUGAAACAAAGGCUAAAACUUGGAGAAAAAUUACUUCUAGUGUUUCAAAUUAUAAAGGUGCUAUGGCAAAUACUCAAACAUAUUUGAUUAUGUCUCAUGAUGAUAACACUGGUUACUUAGAAUUACGUGAUGAUAGGCUUCAUAUUGAAUAUGAUGGUGCCGGGCUUACUAAAAUGGUGAAAAAUUUGAACGAUAUCUUAAAAGAUGCUACAAAUAAAAUUAAUGGUACUUAUAUUCCAUCACCACUAUGGUCUAAUCAAGUUUCUGGAAAUGCUUUAAUAACCGUGCAUCCUAUUGGGGGAUGUAACAUGGGAAAGGAUGGUUAUUCGAGUGUC